UAUGUUUUUUAGGUAGGUACAGGUCUCUGUAGAGAGUUCCAGGUGAGUGGCAUAGAUGUGAGAGAGACUGCAGCACAACAAGAAGUUAAACCCUGCAAACUUCACUUUCAUUAAGGGGACUUUUUUUUUCAAGAAAGAAAUUGGAUUAGACCCAGGGAUGACGUAUCCUGUUUGAUUUCUUUUCCCCUUGUGCUCUGACGAGCUUUGUGUUUAGGCAGGCUUUUGUUUCUGGCUUUGAGUUGCUUUAAAAAAAAAAUUUGGGAGUGUGUCUCGGGGUGUUGAGGGUGAUGUGCUCAGCCUGAUUGGCUCGGGUUGCUUUGUGGGUGCUUUGCUCUUCCCACCAGCCUCAGGUCUGUUGUGCAACAUGUCUUUACUGCUUAAAAAGAAAAAAAAAAAAAAAAAAAAAAAAGAAAUGCUGAGUAAUGCCAGAGGUUUCUCAGAUGGCUGAUGCAAACCUGGAGAAUUUGCAUCAUCAUUCAGCUGGAGUAACUUGGUAUGACAAGAGCUUAAAUACAAGUCCACGCGGAAGCAGAGCUGGUUUCCAAUGCUAGGGCAGGACCAGCUCCGAGGGUGAGCGUGCAGGUGUUCCUGCUCCAGUCCCAGGAAAAACUCCAGGAGCUUUUGCUACCUGUGUGUAAGAGCAGCUGGGAAGAUAAGAGGAAAGGCAGACGAAGAGACUGAGUAGUUGGCUGCAGAGAGAAGGAAAAAAAAAACAAAAAAACCCCAACCACUUGAGUUCCUGCUGAGAACUUUUCUUGCUUGUGCUUGCCGUGGGUGUGCUGGUGGCACUGGAGCAUGGUCAGGAAAGCUGCUGUGAGCACCCUCUCUAAUGGAAGCUACUUGCAGGGGCAAACUAAUGGCAGGUUGCCCUCUCUGGACAGUGGGCAACCAGCCCAGAAGGAAAAAGUUGUGCUGAAGAAAAAAGUGACACUUUUGAGGGGGAUAUCCAUCAUCAUUGGCACUAUCAUUGGAGCUGGCAUCUUCAUCUCUCCCAAAGGCAUCCUGAAGAACACGGGCAGUGUAGGCAUGUCCUUGACUGUCUGGACGGUGUGUGGUAUUCUCUCCCUCUUUGGUGCCCUCUGCUAUGCUGAGCUGGGAACAUGCAUUAAGAAAUCUGGUGGUCACUACACAUAUAUCCUGGAGGCUUUUGGCCCUUUACCUGCUUUUGUGAGAGUCUGGGUUGAAUUGCUCAUCAUUCGCCCUGCUGCCACAGCAGUGAUAUCACUGGCAUUUGGACGUUACAUUUUGGAACCUUUCUUUAUGCAGUGUGAAAUCCCAGAACUUGCCAUUAAACUUAUUACAGCUGUUGGCAUCACACUGGUGAUGGUCCUGAAUAGCAUGAGUGUCAGCUGGAGUGCCCGCAUUCAGAUUUUCCUUACCUUUUGCAAGCUUGUAGCAAUUCUGAUAAUUAUAGUCCCUGGAGUUAUUCAGCUAAUUAAAGGAGAAACACAACACUUUCAAAAUGCCUUUGCAGGGAAUGAUGCCAGUGUUAUGGGAUUACCACUUGCUUUUUAUUCAGGAAUGUAUGCCUACUCGGGCUGGUUUUACCUCAAUUUUGUUACUGAAGAAGUGGAGAACCCUGAAAAAACCAUCCCCCUGGCAAUAUGCAUUUCAAUGAUUAUCGUCACAGUUGGCUAUGUCCUAACAAACGUGGCUUAUUUCACUACCAUCAGUGCUGGGGAAUUGCUGCUCUCAAAAGCUGUAGCAGUGACCUUUGCUGAACGACUAAUGGGAAGCUUUUCUUUAGCUGUGCCAGUGUUUGUUGCUCUCUCCUGCUUUGGAUCUAUGAAUGGUGGCAUUUUUGCAGUCUCCAGGAUGUUCUUCGUCGCAUCCCGCGAGGGUCACCUUCCGGAGAUUCUCUCCAUGAUUCAUGUCCGCAAGCACACUCCUCUGCCAGCUGUCAUUGUUUUGCAUCCUCUGACAAUGAUAAUGUUAUUCAAUGGGGAUCUCUACAGCCUCCUGAAUUUCCUCAGUUUUGCCAGGUGGCUUUUUAUUGGACUGGUAGUUGCUGGGUUGAUUUAUCUCAGAUAUAAACGUCCUGAUAUGCCUCGUCCUUUCAAGGUGCCUCUAUUUAUUCCAGCAUUGUUUUCCUUCACCUGCCUCUUCAUGGUUGCACUGUCACUUUAUUCUGACCCAGUGAACACAGGGAUUGGGUUUGCAAUAACCUUGACUGGUGUUCCUGCCUACUACCUCUUCAUUGUAUGGGACAAGAAGCCAAAGUGGUUCAGAAGGCUCCUAGACAAGGUGACUCUAACAUUGCAAAUCCUCCUGGAAGUCAUCCCAUCAGAGGAAGACCAGAAAUCAUGAUCUUCAUGUCCAGCUUUUGACUUGG